UCGAGUGAUGUUUCCGAACGAACCCAGACUCCUGCACAUCGAUGAUUCACGAUUGACACAGUAAUAAUUGUCACAGUAAAAGAUCGAUGCAAAAAUUUAAAAAAAUUAUUAAAAGAUUGAAAUAUUGAUUUUUUCAAGUAGUUUGCUAAGGCGAGCAGUAAUGGUAAUUUAUUUUAUUUUAUUCUACAUAAGUGUGUAAUUAUAACAAAUAUCAAGGUCAAUACCACCAAUGUUACUAUCGCUGCUGCUGCUUUCAGACUCUUCCAGAGAUAUAAAUUUUAGAAAUGUAUGAAAGCAGCAGCAGCAGUAGUAAUUUAUAUCGAGUAAUAUUUGAAAAGUAUGUGUUAUUGAGUAGUGUAUGUUAUAAUAAUAAUUCUUUAUUCUCUUCAGCAAUACAUAAUCGCCAAGAAGGGGACUUGGUUGGACAUAUGAAAACUAAUCAUUCAUCCCCCCAUCCAUCCAGCCUCCUAUUUUUUAUAUCACAUUGGCUUACUACACCUAUUUUACUAUUAUCUAGUGCAUUCUAUCCUUAAAUCUCCAUACUUACAUUAAGUACUAAAUACUAAAUACUCCGUACAAAAUACUAAAUUCUACACAGGUUUUACAAUCUGUUAUAUUCCAACUAUUACAGCUUUUCUUCCUUAUAACAGUCUUCUUUCUUAUCACGUAAUUACAUUACAUAACAGUCUUCUUUAUUAUCACAUAAAGUCUAAUAUCUAUUAUUUUAAUUUCCUAUUCUAUUCAGUCAUUAUUCGCGCCCUUAAUUCCUAAUUACUUAUUACAAUUUCCAUUUCCUAAUUCUCUUACUUAGUAUAUGUUAUAUAAUUGUGUAAUUAUUGGACAGGAGCAUGUAGAUAUUUGUAAAACACAAAUUGACAAAAUCGACAAGUACAAUGCUGAAGAUACCAAAUCUAUGCAUAGGAAAUCAAGCAAAAAGUCAAAAUCUAAAAAGAGAAAAGUUAAUAAGAAGGCAAACAAGAAGCACAAAAAAAGAAGAAAAUCUUCAAGCUCAUCUUCAAGCAGCGAAAAUGACAACAGCAUGAAAUUUGAAUGGGUGGAAAGAAAUAAUGAAGAUUGUCUAGUUUCGUCAGAGACUAUUGAAAAUCUUGUCGAUUGCAGAGCACAAGAAAAUCUGCUUAAAAGAGACGAAUGGAUGAACGUAGAAAGUUUUGUUCCAUAUUUAUCAAAGCCUAAUAUGAAAGCACAAGGAUUAGAUAAAAAGGAGGAAGACAAAACUAAGAUUCUUCUAAAUAAAUUGGGACAAAGUGACAGAGAAUUGAAUCCAUACUGGAAAGAUGGAGGUGAUGGAUUACCUCGAAAUAAUCCAGAAAAAUCUAAUAACCUCAAGAUUUUAGAUGCAAAUUGGUUAAAAAAGAGUCUUCGACGUGCCAAGGAACAAGCUACUCGAGAUGGUAAAUGUCUAGAGGAAGUGGCUGCUGAACGUUGGGGUUCCCUAGAGAUAAUAGAAGCAAUGAUAGUUGAAGCAGAAAGAAUGUCCAAUAGAACUGAAGAACAGAAUAAACCAUAUCGCCAGAGAUCACAUAAUGAUAGAAAUGAUGAAGAGUCCCCGAAAAUUUCCAGCCAUAAAAUGAAAAGGCAUUCGAGAUCGAGAUCUAGAUCUAGAAGUAGAAACUGUAUUAGAAAAUAUAAUCCAUCUAGUUACUCGUUGCAACAUCGCACAGAAUUUAAAAAAAUGUAUAAAAAAUUUAAAGAUAAAGAUGAUUAUUAUUAUAGUCGGCAGCCUAUGCCUGCCACUAGUGGUAGAAAAAAUUGGAAGAAGGAUAAAAGUGACAAAGAAAAGUGUCAAGUUGCCGAAUCACCUAUUGGUGAGUCAAAACAAAUCGACAUCACUAACACGGAUGAGAUAAAGGUGGAAGAUAAAAGCAUUGAUGUUUUAACUGAAGCAGAAAUGAACAAGUUAGGAGCAAGGAUUAUUAAAGCUGAACUAAUGGGCGAUGAUGAACUGGCAGCUCGACUCAAAAUUCAAUUGGAAGACGCGAGAAAACACGUUGCAUUAUGUGAUACCAAUGUGCAAGAGGAGAAUGUAAUUCUCACGAGAACUGAUGCAAAAGGUACAGUAAGACCGAUACAACUCGGAAAUCAAUCUAAACGGGACAAUAAUAACAGAAAGAAGAAAAUUGGCGAAACAUAUCUCUCUGGUGAGAGAGUACGCCAUUUUAUAGAUGAUGAUAAAUAUUCCUUACAAGAAUUGUUUCAACGAGAGAAAGGAAGAUCCACGAACGAAGAUGAGGCAAUUUUUGUUAAACUUCCUUCUAGGAACAUGGAUCACAUGGAUGAUAUAUUUGAGCGAGAAAUUGCACGAACAAGUUCAGAAGCGAGACAAGACAAGUGGGAUCGUGCACAGGCAAUUAAAGAACACAAGGAUUUAUCUAAACGUAUGGAUAAUUGUUGGUGGUGUCUCAAUUCGGAAAAUAUGUUAAAGCAUAUGAUCGUGACAAUGGAUUCUGUUAUUUGCUUAAGUCUGCCCGUCUGUACUUCUUUGAGUACUGGUCAUUGUAUAUUGACACCAGUACAACAUGUGGCAUGUCAGUUACAAUUAGAUGAAGAUGUAUGGGAUAGGCUGAAGGAAUUGAAAAGAAAGUUAACGAGGAUGUUUACAAAUGAAGAUCUUUAUCCGAUAUUUUUUGAAGUGUACAAAAGACGUUGUAAAUUUUCACAUAUGCAAUUAGAGUGUAUUCCAUUACCAAAAGAAAUUGGCGAGUUAGCACCAGUAUAUUUUAAGAAAGCUUUAUUAGAAUGCGAAAUUGAAUGGUCCAUCAACAAGAAAGUUGUCGAUCUAACAGGUAAAGGUAUACGUCAUGCCAUACCAAAUGGUUUAUCAUAUUUUAUGGUGGAAUUUGGCUCACAUUCUGGAUAUGCUCAUGUAAUCGAGGAGGAGGAAAUGUUUCCACAGAAUUUUGCCAAGGAAGUAAUAGGAGGAAUGUUGGAUUUGGAUCAUAAUUUGUGGCGAAAACCAAAAAGACAAAGUUUUGAAGAACAAAGAUUAAAAGUAUUAGAGUUUACAGAAAAAUGGAAAAAAUAUAAUUCCUCAUAACAUGUAAUUUUUGGAUCGUUUUGCCCCAAAAAAUUUAUUUUAUAAGUUUCAGUAUGUAUAUAAUGUAUAUUUUUCUAAAAUAAAUUUAUUUUAAUCAUCGUACAGCAUUGAAUCAAACACAUUAAAUGUUUAUUAAUUAUUUGACAUAUUUAUUACAUAGUUCCAAAAAUGAAAAAAAA